GGCGGAUGCGUAGAAGUGGCUUAAAGAAACUGGAGUGUUUCACUGGAUAUAUUUACACCGGAGAAAGAAAGUCAAACAGGAUUGAAAUAACAAGAAGGUGCUGAUAUGUUUUAAAAAUGAGUAGAGUGGGUGAGAACUCACUUGAGCCCCUGUGCUCGGACCGGAAACGCAAGCUCUCCACAUGUGACACGCCAGGGCAAGGGUGUGAUAAACGCAGGAGGGAACAGGAGAGCAAGUACAUCGAGGAACUCGCCGAACUGAUUUCGGCCAACCUUGGCGACAUCGACAACUUCAAUGUCAAACCAGACAAAUGUGCCAUCCUUAAAGAGACAGUACGCCAGAUACGACAGAUCAAAGAGCAAGGUAAAAGCUCAUGUGGCGAUGACGACGUCCAAAAAGCGGAUGUGUCGUCUACUGGUCAGGGGGUCAUUGACAAGGACCAUCUGGGCCCUCUGCUGCUUCAGGCCCUUGAUGGAUUUUUGUUUGUGGUGAAUCGUGAGGGCAGCAUUGUGUUUGUGUCAGAUAACGUGACUCAGUAUCUGCAGUAUAAACAGGAGGAGCUGAUCAACACCAGCAUCUAUAACAUACUGCAUGAAGAAGACGGAGAAGAGCUACAUAAAAACCUUCCCAAAAGCAAUGGUCCCAACAGUGUGUCAUGGGGUGGUGAUGCCUCCCGUCAGAAGAGUCAUACAUUUAACUGUCGUAUGCUGGUGAAGUUCGGUCAUGGAGGUCCAGGAGGAGAAGAGGGGGGCGGUGGGCCUCGCUACGAGACCAUGCAAUGUUUCGCUCUCACGCAACCUAAAGCUAUGAUGGAGGAAGGGGAAGACCUGCAGUCGUGUAUGAUUUGUGUAGCACGAAGAGUGACGGCUGUGGAGAGGACAGAGCGAUUCAGCACUAGACACGAGCUAUCAGGUAAGCUGAUAGAGAUUGAGCAGCAGAGUCUGUUGCACACCACCAUGCGUCCUGGCUGGGAGGAUUUGGUGCGCAGGUGUAUGCAGAUGUUCCUGCAUCGCAGCGAGGGUCAGCCCUGGUCUUACAAGAGACACUACCAGGAAGCAUAUGUUCAUGGUCGAGCAGAGACUCCGCUCUAUAGGUUUUCUCUGUCAGAUGGCACUCCUGUAACGGCACAAACACGCAGCGAGCUCUGCCGAAACCCUGUUACCAAUGAGCCGCUGACCUUCCUCUCUACUCACCUUCUGCAGAGGGAGCAAAAUGGAUACAGACCAAACCAGGGUGGUGUAAUGCGAUCAGUUAUGGGCAAUGCCAAUCCUAAUGCUCAGAUGAGCAUGCCUCCUGGUGGGGGUAUGGGAGUGGGUAACACAAGGGGCUAUGGCAUGAACGAGCAAGCUCACAUGGGACCCCGAGGCGGCCCUAUGUACGGCCCAGGCAACCGCAUGAAUCAAAUUAACCAAAUGAAUCAGAUGAAUCAGAUGAACAUGAAUCAGAUGAACAGUAUGAAUCAAAUGGGCUCUAUGAAUCAGAUGAACUCCAUGGGUCAGAUGAAUCACAUGGGACAUCCUGGCAUGAAUCAGCAUCAGCAAGGUCAGUUCCAUGGUGGCGGUUAUGGCAUGGGCAUGACCAGUCCUUCCCAAGGGAGCCCUGGUUUGAAUCCUCCUCAGCAAAAUCUCAUGGGGUCUCCACGGAUACGAGGGAGUCCCAAAAUGGGUGCGAGCCCCUUCUCACCUGGAGGUAUGCAUUCUCCAAUGGGCCCUGUCAGUAUGGGAGGCACUGGUGGAUCUUCUGGUCCCACAGUUGGCAACACUUUCUCGAGCAGCUCACUGAAUGCCCUUCAGGCCAUUAGUGAAGGUGUGGGUUCAUCUCUGCCUUCAGCUCUCAACUCACCUGCCCACAAAUCCGACAGCUCUCCCAGCAUCAACUCAACCCAGUCCAGUCAGCAAGGCCAGACUGGCAACAACAAACCCGGCAACGGUGACUCCAAGAGCCCAUCGAGUUCUCACAGCAGUGGAGUAGAUCAACAACAGGCCUCUUCAUCUGAGACCACUAUGGAGAAGCCAGACAGUCAGUCUAGUAAGGACGCUUCUGCUGGACCUGAAGUCAACAGAAGAGUCCCUGAUGGAAAAGGCCACAAGAAGUUACUUCAGUUACUCACCUCCCCAACAGAAGAUAUUGGACAUGCGACAGGUGGACCCGUCCCAGGUCGCGCCUCUACACCAAUGAGUCUCGAGUCCAAGGAAACAGGAGGUGGCAUGAUGAGUCCUUCGUCAACAGGCGUGUCUUCCUCAUCCGGUUCAUCAUCGGGAAAUAAUGCAAAUCAGCAAGGCUCAGGAGGUGUUUCAUCGACAGCUUGUCCCAGCGGCUCUCACACCGUACAGGAGAAACACAAGAUACUCCACAAGCUCCUUAAAAACGGAAACACGCCAGAUGAGGUGGCUCGCAUCACAGCCGAGGCCACCGGUAAGGCCUCUCUUGGUGCAGAGCACCCGGGUGCCGAGGCCAGGAGUUUGGAACUCAAACAGGAGCAGCUCAGUCCGAAAGAAGGAAAAAAGCCAAAGGCUCUUCUCCACUACCUCCUCAACAAGGAUGACUCCAAAGACCCCAAUCCCACAGAGGCCAAGCCAAAGCUGGAGGAGCUGGAGGGGAGAGGGGCCAUGGGAGGGCAAGGGUCAGGGGUCACAACCUCGAACUCGAACAACCAGGAGGGCAAAGUCAAGCUCGAGCCACCUGAUGAGCUGGACAGCUUGGAGAGUAUUCUUGGAGGCCUGAGGAAUUCUGCUUCUGGAAUGUUUGCUGAUUCUAGAACUGGCGGGUCGGUGGGGGGAAAUAAGCAGGGCAAUGGACCCAACAGCACUGCACAUGACCGGGAGGGUGUUGGUAUGGCGUCAAGUCAACGUGUGCCCUUCCAGAGGGCAGUGUCUGUCGAUGGUAAACCCUUGAGUGGUCCAGGCAUGUCGGGUAGAAGGAGCGCCCCCUCAUCUCUGGUCAAACAGGAGCACACUGAUAACCAGAUGGCCAUGGGAGGUCCAAACAGGCCGAUGGGAAUGAAUCGACCCUCUAUGGCAGGUGCAGGCGACUGGGGAAUGUCCAGUUCCAGCCCUGUUGGUCAUCCUGGUAUGGGUCGCCCCGGAAUGGAUCAUAAUCCUAAGGGCAUGAUGGGAGGACCCAUUGUUAACAGAUCUAAUAGCGUUCCAGCAAACAGAUCUAUACUGCAACAGCAGUUAAUGGAGAUGGGGCCUUAUGAGGUUGGAAUGGGUAUGACUGCAUUCAGAGGACAAGGACCUCCACCACGGUCACCUUCGUGGCCAGACAAUGGGAUGGGAAUGGAAGGAGCACAAAACACAAACAGGUUACCCUUUAAUAACUCUUUGGAUGAUCUUCUGGUUCCUCCAUCCACCACCGAGGGUCAGAGUGAUGAGCGAGCUCUGUUAGACCAGCUGGACUCUCUACUCAACAACACUGAUGUCAUGGCUCUGGAGGAGAUCGAUCGUGCCCUUGGCAUACCAGAUCUCGUCAGCCAGGGUCAUAGAACAGAACAAGCCCCUCCAACAGACCCCUUCCCCUCUCCCUGUCCCGACUCCACUUUGGGAAUGGACCCCAAGGGCAUGUAUGGCCAGGGCUACCCGGGUCCCCCUUCCAUGGGGAUGCAGGGCAGAUAUGGUCCUGGUCCCAACUCUGGACCCGGUCCCAUGCAGGGGCAAUCUGGGCCAGGCUUUAACCCCAUGAUGAAUCAGAUGAGCCAGCAGGGUGCUUUUCCUGGAAUGGGCGGGAUGGGUGGUAUGCAUCCACGUGCUAACAUGAUGAGACCUCGGAUGAUGAAUCCAACCAAGCCGCUCCGAUUACAGCUUCAACAAAGACUACAAGGACAGCAGUUUUUGAACCAGAAUAGGCAAGGCAUGGGCAUGGGCAUGAGGCCAGAUAACAGCCCUGCAGGAAACCCUAGCAUGAGACCUAACAUGCAGCCAGGCAUGGCUGGACAGCCCGGGUUCCUGAAUGCUCAGAUGAUCGCGCAGCGGAACAGAGAAAUGCAUAAUCUAUCAGAGAUGAGAAGACAAAGGAUGAUGAUGGUGAUGCAGCAGCAACAGCAACAACAGCAGCAGGUUGCACCCGGAGGCUUCAGUCCUCCUCCUAAUGUUACCGCACCCACAGGAAUGGACAAUCCCAUGGGAGGACCCCCAAUGAACCAGUCCAGCCAACAGGCUUUUAACUAUGGAGGCAACUAUGGUAUGGGCCAGCAGGGGGACCCUUCAUUUGUGGGAACAGGUAGCAGCCCCCCUGACAACAUGAUGUGUGGUCGUAUGGGUGGCCCUCAGAAUCCCAUGAUGCAACAGCACCCUCAGAGCAAUCCCAUGUACCAAUCUGCAGAGAUGAAAGGAUGGGGACAGGGGCCCAUGCCCAUGAAUAGUUCAUACUCGCAGCAGCAACAAUAUCCCCAGCAGGGGGCGCAAGGACAGUACGCGGGCAUGAUGAUGAACGGAUCCAUGCAAGGGGGUGUGACUGGCAACGGUGCAGGACAGAUGCCCCCAAUGCAGGGCCAGAUGGGCAUGAACGGCAUGGGCAUGGGACGCAUGCCAAUGGGACCCGACCAGAAGUACUGCUGAGGCUGUGAGCCGUCUCUAUGAAAUGGACAAGUUGGAGUCUAACUCGGACUCUGAAAUUUUAAGCAACAAUCCAAUGAGGAAACAUCAACGUGAACUUAUAAAAGCUGCCUCAUAGAGGUAAAAGCACUGGAAGGAUCCAGUGUAACUCGACUAGGAGAGAAAAACAAUGAAAGGGAAAGAGAGACUCCCGCCUUUAUGCCCAGUAGCACGUGCAGCAGGCUCUCUCAUGUCUCUGGCUGUACUGCAAUACACAACAUAACCACCAGGGGGCACAGAGUAAGAUUGGUUAUGGUACAUCUUGACUGUGGGGGAGCACUUUAUUUUAAGGCUAGUUUGGAAAAGGAUGGUUGCAAUAUAUUUCUUGCUUUUUCUAGCCUUAUAGAACGAUUAUGUGCAUAUUGUCUAUUUUGAAUUAGUCUCGGAGAAGUCUCAUUUUAAAGAAAACCAUGGGAAUUGUAAGCAACAUCAUUUCACAUAUCAAAGCAAUAAUCCUCCUAAAUGCCACGGCUCAAAGUGGUGUGUCAACAAAAAGCAAAUGGUACUGCAGUGUUAGACAGAUGUUGGUUUUUUUGUGUGUGUGUGAAUAGGAUCGAAAUUGUAAAUACUGUAUGCUACAAAUGUAUCAUACAUGCUUUUACUACAUCUUUUUUUUUGCACAGAGUUUGGACCUCUGUUAGGUCCAUAUUAUCUAUAUUUUAGGUCAACUGCUCUAGGUUUUACAUCUAUUUUAACUUGUCAAAGGGAGAAAAUAUUUUAUUUUUAUCUUAUCCAGCACCGCCUCUUCUUUUCUUUUUUUAACGAUGGCCAUUAUGUUUGUAUGGCACUUUUUCUAAAUGUUGUUUGCAGUGGAACGCUUUCAUGGGUUUCAUCUCCACUGGUUUUGUUUUAACAGGAAAAAUCAAGUUUUCAGAUGAUACGCAAGAUGAUCUUGAUGUUGCCCUUUAAGCUAGCUCUUACUAGGGAAAUUAACUCACUUACUCACUGUAUCGUAACGGUUGGUUCUUCAGAAAUCAACCUUUAAGAAACAUGCACAAUCCAAAGAUCUCUUUUUAGUUUCUCAAGUUUGAUGACAAAAUAGUAUCAUUUAUAUAUGUUUUUGCGCAAAAGCGCAGAGUAAAAGGUACAUAUCAUAUGAACAUAUUACUACAUAUUGUGAUUUUGUACUAUAUUCUGUAUACAUACUAAACCAAGUAUACCUGUUUAUUUUUGAGGCCAGUUAAUAUUUUAGCAGUAUUGUUGUCGCUUAUGGGGGUUCUCUCAAUCAUGCGGUUUAUUCCUUCUUCAAGUUUUGAUGGUUACGAAUGAUCUACAGAACUGCCAAGAUCUGCUCUUUAAAGAGAUUUGUAACUUUUGAAGAGUUUUUAAACCACUUUUAAGAGUCUCUUGGGUGUACUUUUAAAAGUAAGUUCUGUAAAGACACAGGUGCAAAGGCAGUAACCACACCUUACUGGUUACUGUGAUCAUUUCGGCACACAGAAAUCAAUCCUGAAAUAAAAGGCUCAUCUGUGCAUCUAUAUAUUGCAGUAAUUUUUGCUCUUUUCAUUAGUCUAGUCUUUACCAUCAGUGACUUAUAACAUUGAUUCCCAAUGAAGGGAAAGACAUUGGAAUGAUAUACAAUGGUAAGCUAAUAAGUCCAAGUCUUUCUAUUUCAGGAAAGAAACACUUUCAUUUGUGUUCAUUUCGCUAGAUUACUGUAGAUUGUGACAAAAGUAUAUUUUGAAAUUGUAAUUCUGGAGCUUUGUGGUUAUUCUGGGCUGUUCUCUGAACUGGUUGACUGAGGGAUUGUAAACAUGGAAGAUUUUACAGGAUGUAAAUUACAAUACACUUAAUUAUUUUGCUUGAUGUUGAUAUUGUUGUAAAUAAAAGUUCUAUUUAAACGUGA